AUGCAUACUGUGCAGACUACCCUCACUCUGAAGAAGGGCAGCAGAGAGGCCCAACCCAGUCCUUUCCUGCCCACUGGGAGGGCAAGGUUGGCGGAGGGGGUUUCAGCUGUCCCCACAAAGAGGGCAAGGGUCCAUGGCGGGGACCAGACUGUGCCCGAGGUGCCCCCUGUUGUGGAGCGUGCCCAGGCGCCUGCUUUUCUCAGGAAGCUGAAGAACGCAGCAAUAGGCACUGGCUGUGACAUCAGGCUGAAGGUGGCAGUGACAGGGUGCCCCGUACCCACGCUGGCCUGGUACAAGAACAACCUCUGCCUGGCACAGGAGAGCGGGGAGUAUGGGGCUCUGUGGAUCCGGGAUUGCAAACCCACCGACGCCGGGGUCUACACCUGCAUCGCUCGGAACUGCGUCGGAGAAUCCCACUCUUCAGCUGUGCUGGCUGUGUUGGAGUUGGAAGAUCCCUCGGCAAUUCCAAACACCAGGACAGUUACAGUCUGCCGGAUAUCCGAAAGUCGCUAUCUAAAUCCGGGCUGGGUUUCUAGGAGCCGUCAAACAGGUGGAGGGUGUUCCCUUUAUCCAGGGUUCAGGAGGGAUGGUUCUGAAGAUGAUGGGAAGCUGCUGAGGAAUAUCUGUGAGCAGACGCUGCGAUCCUGGCUUCAGAGAAGGAGCCGAGAGAGAGAGAGAGAGUGUGUGAAAACCGAAAGAGUGUGGACAGUGUCUCUGAAAAUUCGAUUCUCACUUCCUUCAGUAAACUUAGAUGCAUCUCAUCUAGUCCCAGUGGAUGUGAGUCUGGCUCGAUUUCAGGACCUCGCCAUCUUUCUUCCAGACGACUGCUCGGGGGGCAUAAAGAAAGACAAGUCAACAGAUAAAGCAGAACCUUUCACAAUAACCUCAGGACGUCUCCGACUGGAAUUGAGCAGGGACUGCGGAUCCUGGGCUUCCCCACUCGCCGUGGCAACGCCCCGUUGCAGAGGUUUACGUGAGCCGUCUGACAGUGACCUCUCUGGCCCCCGAGGCGCCUCUCCUGGGGGGUUCGGGGCCCACUUGGAGCUGGCAGCUUUCCGUGAGGACAGCUCGCGGUUGACAGCGCGCUCCAGCACCGGAGACCUCAGCACGGGCCUAGCCACCAUCGAGCUCAUGGCUGUCUUUUUGAUUCGGCUCAGCUCCUCCGAGAUCUUCAGCUCGACGUCCCGGGCCCUGGAGGCGUACCGUCCCCGCUCGUCGAAAGAUGCCGCUUUCUGCCGGAACAGCGAGCGUUUCGCCUCGGCCCCUGCUCCGCCUUCCGUCCUCGGGCCCCCCCGCCCCUCACCGUCCAGCAGCUCGGACAAAGAAGGCCGCAGCCUGCCCUCCCGCUGCUCGGCGUGGUCGAAGGAUCGCCACUUCCGGAAACCGGGCCACGGCUGGCCGUCUGCCAACUCGAAACUCCGCCGCCGCUCCGGGAACGUCUCCAGGUACCUCAUCCUGUCCGAGGCCCAGGACCCAGAGCGGGAAUGGGCGGGUGAAGCGUCUCCUGAGCUGGCCCUCCGAGCUGGGAGUGGACUGUCCCCUCCGGCCGCCACCUUGGGUUUCUUGGCUUUGUCCUGGAACUCUGCCGGCACGGUGUCCCGGUAUUCCGUCGGCAUGCUGAGCUUCCGGCGAGGAGUGAUAGGCGUUGUUGGCUGGGCCAGGCUGACCCGUGAGGCUUUGGGGCUGGCCGGCCUGGUUUUGAGAGAUGUGGGCGGUAGGCCCGAGGCUCUGGAAGCUCCUUGGUUCUGGGCCAUGGUAUCCAACCUGGGGGCUGUCUCGAUGGGGUGUUCCAGCGGGCUCCUACCCGUGGUGUUCUCACAGAGGUCCCUGCAGGAGAAAAGAGUGCGGCGUGAGGACCAGGCACUGACCAUCCUGGCUCCGUGCCGGGAUAUUACGGUGAAUGCCGGUGAGUCUGCCUGUUUCGAGUGUGAGGUCCGGGGUCCUCCUGAUGUUGAUGUGGACUGGUUGACCAAUGAGAAGCUGGUCCAACCUGCACUGCUCAACUGCAAGAUGCACUUUGACGGCAAAAGAUGCAAACUCCUUCUGAACUCGGUGCACGAGGACGAUACGGGAGUGUAUACCUGCAAACUCAGCACCGCCAAAGAUGAGAAGACAUGUAGUGCCAAGCUGACGGUGCUGCCCUCUGUCUCCCCACUCUUCACCAAGAAGCUGGAGGAUGUCUUUGUGAUCGAGGGCAGGACGGCCCACCUCGAUGUGAAAGUGAGCGGGACCCCCCCGCCCACCAUCACCUGGAUGCACUACGGUGAGCGGGUGAUGGAGACGGAGGAGGUGCGUAUUGUGAGGGACCAGGGUUUACACUCGCUCAUCAUCCUCCAUGCAGUCAGUGACAAUGAGGGAGAGUACGCUGCAAUUGCCCAGAACCCCCACGGAGACGCCUUCUGCUCAGCCGACCUCUACGUUGAAGAGCCACGCCCAGUGGUCUCCUCGCCAAUGGCCAAACUAGAAAAGAUGCCGUCAAUCCCUGAGGAGCCAGAAGUCCCGGAGAACGAGACAGAGCGUUUCACCAUGCCGGACUUUAUCAAACCCAUCCAGAACGUGGAGGUGACAGAAGGCAAAGAUGCAGUGCUAGAGUGCCAGGUUACCGGCCUGCCCUAUCCUGCCAUCACCUGGUAUCACAAUGGCCACAGGCUGGACAGCACAGACGAGAGGAGAAUGACACAGUAUAAAGACAUCCAUCGCUUGGUCAUUCGCUGUGCUGACCAUUCUCACGCGGGAGUAUAUAAAAGUGUCAUAGCCAACAAGGUGGGGAAGGCUACAAGCUACGCCCACAUAUAUGUAUCUGAUGUGAUCCCAGACCCUCCCAAUGGCCCAGCUGUGGUCUCAGCAGUGACUGGCAGGAUAGUGACCCUCCAGUGGAACAAACCCAAGAAACUCGACCCAUCGAUAGAUCCUGCCACGCUGACCUAUGUUAUUCAAAGCCAGGUGGUGGGUACACAUCAGUGGCACGUCCUGAAAGCCAACAUCAAGGACACCAGCUACACCGUCCAGUCCCUGAAUAAAGGCAGCCAGUACUUGUUCCGGAUCCAGAGUGCAACAUCAAAGAGCUGCAGCAAGCCCUCCCCCGUCUCAGAGCCCAUUAAAUUAUUGGACAGAGGUCCCUAUCUGGAGGAAGCUCCAUGUUUUAUCGACAAGCCGGAUGUAGUGUUUGCUGUGGAAAACCAGAGCAGCUGCAUUACCUGCACCCUGAAUUAUGUGCAGGCAGAUGUCUCAUGGACAAGGAAUGGCGUGGAAUUGACCAACAAACCUCGGAUCUACGAGCUGAGCAUGCCCGAUGAUGAUCAGCACAUGCUGAAGAUUGUGAAAGUUGGAAAGGCUGAUGUUGGAGAGCUGACGGUCACAGCUAGUAACAAACACGGAGAAGAUUCCUGUCGAAUAGCUCUGCUCCUGGCAGAGGCCCCCCGGUUUGAGUCCAUCAUGGAAGACAUGGUGGUGAGCCCAGAGGAGACAGCAAGGCUGGCUGUGGUGGUCGAAGGGAAACCCUUACCAGACAUACUCUGGUUCAAAGAUGAUGUCGUGCUGGUGGAAAGCAACCAUUUGUCGUUUGUUUACGAUGACAGUGAGUGUUCACUGGUCAUUCUCAACACCACUGAGUCCGACAGCGGAGUCUACACAUGUACCGCCACAAACUUGGCUGGAGAGGUUUCCUGCAAAGCUGAGCUCACCAUUCUGAAAGGGAAAAUUGGGAAUGUUGAACCCAUGGAUGACGAGGAUACGAUCUUACGGAAAAUGAGGCUGUUAUCUGAUUAUUACGAUGUGCACCAGGAGAUCGGGAGGGGUGCGUUUUCAUGCGUCAAACGGGUCACAGAGAGGAGCAGCAAAUUAGACUACGCCGCCAAGUUCAUUUCCUUCCGUGCCACUCCCCGGGACGAUGCGGUGAGGGAGCUCGAGAUUCUGUCCCAGCUCGAUCACGAGAGGAUUGUCUUCUUCCAUGACGCUUUCGAGAAAAAGAGCAGCAUCAUUAUUGUACUGGAGCUGUAUCCUUUCACAACGCCGUUGGCCAGGGCAGUGUCCACUGACACUGCCCCCAGUGAGGAGCCCUCUGAAGGCCAUCUCCUGAGGAAGAGUGCGUCAUUCUCCCAAGGGGGGGAGUCCACUGUCCUCCACCGGCCAGUGGGGGCCCCGUUGGAAAUCCCUGUCCCCCAGCCGGAUUCACGAGGCUACUCCGAGCCCGGCUUCCCCCUGAAGGAAUCGCCCUCACUCUCGGCUUUGACUGAUCCCUCCAAGUACGAUGGCUCCAGGCCCCCGACACCAGUCAAGUCCACCGUAGGCAAGGACCGGAGAGCAGCUACGCCCGAGAUUAAGAUGGCGGAGGAGCCGAGGCUGGAAGUGGAAGGGCCUUGCAUGAAGACAAUGAUUGGAAAGACCGCUGUCAUCACCCACAGUAACCUGUCAGCUGACACCCCCACCCCCAGCCCCAGCCCUGCCUCCGAACCCCUCCAGGCAGAUGACCAGCCCUCGGUGACUCCUACAGUCCCAACCACCUCCCGAGGGGAAUGGUCAAGGCCAGGACUGGCCGCUGGGGGCAAACUCCGAGCCUCUGCCCCACCAGUUCCCCCAGCAACCAGACCCCUCCCAAUCCCAGAGCCUCCAGACAUCCCCACUCUGUCCACUCAGGAGGCAAUGGACACAGCUACGACCCCAGAAGGUGUAGUCGAGAGGCCUGAAGACAAGGCCCCGAUCUCCCCUGAGAGCGGCCAAACCCUGGUGACCAGUCAGGCUCCCGGAGACAGUGUUAAGGCCCUCAUCCUGGUCCCCCAGCUGGACGGAGCCCCAAUGGGGCAAGGGGAGCAGAACCAGAUCAGUCCAAACCAGGAGGCCAUCACCCCACCAAUGAAAGUCAAGUCGUCCAGCUUGGGCCAGUACUUGAAUAUUGAGAACAUUGAAUCCGAGGAGAUCUUUGAGGCAAAGUUUAAGAAGGUGAAGCAGCAAUCGUCAUUGACCCGAAGUCUGAAACAUCUGAUAAGACCCAAAUCUGAGGAGAAAUUGGAGCAACCCCCCCAGAAAGGAGACAACAUGUACCGUCCGGCAGAACGAGGGGCACCUAUACAGGUCCUGAAGGGUCAAGAGGCUUUCCUCAGCUACGGAGAGGACAAGUCCAGGUCCAGGUCCGAGCAGAACAUUCCAGAAGCUGCAAGGGAAUCCAGCUUUGUCAGGAAGCUGUCGCUGAAGUUCAAGGGGGCACCGGGAAAGGAGGAGAAGGUGAGGGAUGAGCUGCCAGUUGGUGGCCGCAAACAUUCUUGGUCCUUUGGGAGAAGCAGUGCGAAGGAUAGGAAGCCGGAGGAGGGGGCGGAUUGGGAGAGAGGGAAGCUGGAGCUCAGCUCCCCACAGAGUGAGUCCGAGCCCCUCAGGAAGGAACACAAGAACUCUCCAGCCCUGGCCAUGAGGAGGAAGAUCGAGUCAACCAUCUCGGGCAUCUCUCUACGUUUCAGCCACAGUCACUCAGAGGAGAGGGUGGAAGGCAUCUCCUCAGAGCCCGGGGCCCCCGUUCUGCAGGAGGCAAAGGAGGGCAAGCGGGGCCCCUUCCUGUCUCUGCUGAGGAGAUCCACCUCAGAGGCAGGGUCGCUGAAGAAGCUGGGCAUCCCGCAGAACCAGCUGGCAACGCAGACUCGCCCAAUGCCCUCCUCAGAGUCACUGCAGUCAGACACCAGUGUCUCCUCUAAACCCGAGAGAGCAUCUGCUCAUGGUGAGCGAAGGUCACAGUGGGAACGAUGGGGGUUCCUGAGAAUGAGGAGAGACAAGGCGAUAUCACAACCCAAUAUCUCUCUGGCUGUGGCCUCUGAGGAAGCCUCAAUGGUCUAUCACAGAAGUGCUUCAGAUUUCCCUCCUGUCUUCCAUGUUAAACUUAAAGACCAGGUGCUGCUCGAAGAUGAUCCCUUAACCCUCUGUAGUUUACCAGCAGGAAGCCCCACUCCCACCGUCAUCUGGUCAAAAGACCAGAAGCCGCUCGUGCCAGACGACAGGAUUAUGAUCGUGUCGUGUCCUGAUGGUCGCCAGCUCGUGACCAUCACGAAGACGUCACGAAACGACAUCGGUGUGUACGAGUGCUCAGCCACCAACCCCCUGGGGUCAGCCAGUAGCUCCUGCACCGUCUCCCUCGCUCGGCUCCCCGGGAGGCCGGGACCCCCUGAAAUCCCUCAGGUAUACAAGAACACAGCACUCAUCAUAUGGAAACCAGCGGAAACCCUCGGCCCUUGCACCUACACAUUGGAGCAGAAACUUUCUGGAGAGGACAGCUGGAAGGUUCUCUCAGCUCAAAUUACCGACUGUUUCUUCAACGCCACUGAGUUAACAAGUGGCACUCUCAGGUUCCGAGUGGCUUGUGUUAACAAAGCUGGCCAAGGCCCCUACAGUCAGACCUCAGAGAGGGUUGUUAUCGAGGAGGAGAAACCAGAGCAACACACUCCACCUGCUCCCACCAUCUCCUCUGUGCCAGUCUAUCCUGCAAAAGUGACACCAACCCAUGACCCAGGACCCCCAACCAUGCCUUCCCCAUUGACUGUGACCCCAAUCUCCUCAAAGUUCACCCCUGCCCCAAAGAUAGUGACCUCUGCCCUAACUGUGACCUCUGCCCCAACAUCGACCCCUACCUCAAUAGUGAUCCCUGCCCCUACAGUGACUCUAGUCCCAAAGACAGUGACCCCUGCCCCUAAGACUGUGACCUCUGCCCCAACGUCGACCCCUACCUCAAUAGUGACCCCUGCCCCUACAGUGACCCUAGUCCCAAAGACAGUGACCCCUGCCCCUAAGACUGUGACCCCUGACCUAACAUCAACCCCUACCUCAAUGGUGACUCCUGCCCCUACAGUGACCCUAGUCCCAAAGACAGUGACCCCUGCCCCUAAGACUGUGACCCCUCUUCCAACAUCGACCCCUUCCUCAAUAGUGACCCCUGCCCCUACAGUGACCCUAGUCCCAAAGACAGUGACCUCUGCCCUAACUGUGACCCCUGCCCCAACAUCGACUCCUACCUCAAUAGUGACCCCUGCCCCUACAGUGACCCCAGUCCCAAAGCCAGUGACCCCUGCCCCUAAGACUGUGACCCCUGCCCCUAAGACUGUGACCCCUGCCCCUAUGGUGACCCCUGCCGCUACAGUGACCCCUGCGCCAAGAAAGUUCAAGUCUGUAACCACCUCCCCUGUAACUCCAUCAGUCUCUCCAUUGGCAGCCACCACUUUACCCAUCUCUCCAGCUCGUGACAUUGUCCCAGCCCCGAGCAUCUCUCCUGUGGGAUCGGACUCUUCAUUGACUCCUACCAGGCUGUCCCCCAGCUCCAGGCUGGCCGAUGGUUCCACCAUGGGACUGAGGCAGGUUGUCCCCCAGAAACCCUACACGUUCAUGGAAGAGAAGGCCAGGGGACGCUUUGGCGUGGUCCGAGAGUGUAAGGAAAAUGCCACCGGGAAAAUCUUCAUGGCCAAGAUUAUUCACUAUGAGGGAGAGAACAAGCAGGCAGUGCUCCAGGAGUAUGAGGUGCUGAAGGCCCUGCAUCAUGAGAAGAUCAUGUCUCUCCAUGAAGCCUACGUCACCCCUCGAUACCUGGUGCUUAUCUCAGAAAACUGUCUGGGCAAGGAAAUACUCUACAGCUUGAUUGACAGGUAG